AACAAGGGAUGUCUGUUCAGCGAACUCAGCAGCAGUUCUGGAGGAGAUCUGAUUUCAUGUUUUGGGUAAAUUGAGUGAAAUGUCGCAUGUACUUUUGUCCUGGGCCGCUCUGUUUACAUAGCUGAUUCGUAUUAUAUUUUGCGGAAUUGAUCGAAACAAAUUUGUUGUUUAUGUUGGUCUCGUUUUCGACGUUCAAAUUGCAAUGAAUUGGAUUUUACUUGGAUUAGUACUGACCAGCAUUGAGAUUUCAAGAGGAGUUCUAGUUCGCCUAAAAGGUGGAAAACACUUGUACGAGGGACGAAUUGAGGUGUUAUACAAUGGAACGUGGAAAGCUGUUUGUGAUCACGGCUGGGAGAGAAACGGGGCCCGAGUUGUCUGCCGCAUGCUUGGAUUUCCUGAUGUGCUGCGGUAUACCAAGGGAUAUCAUGCAUUUGGUGUUGGAAAGCCGGGGAAAUUCUGGCUCGAUGACGUCCGAUGCUCUGGAGAGGAGGAUUCGAUUGACAAAUGUUCGCACAGGCCCUGGGGCCGACAUAACUGUCAAUAUUAUAAUCAGGCUGGUGCUGUUUGCAGACGGCGUUUGAGUAACCUCAUUGUUGAGCCCAAGCCUUCGCAAGCGAGCGGUCAGAUUUCAAAAGUCAAUAUCAGGUUAAAAGGUCCAGUUGUUGAUGACUACAUAUCAGAAGGUGUCGUCCUAGUGGAGCAUGAGGGAAAGUGGGGUUAUAUUUGUCCCUCCAAAUGGACUCAAAGUAACUCGUACGUGCUGUGCGGCCAGCUUGGUUUCCCUGCUGCCAAGACACCAACGACGCAUACAGAAACCAUCCAAGAUGUAGAGCCCGUCUAUUGGCUGGACCAGGUGACAUGCAAAGGAUGGGAGGGGUCGAUUGUGUCAUGUGACCAUACAGGGUGGGGUCGUCAUCAAUGUGAAGAUGGAGGAGCGGUGCGGAUCGAAUGUGUCAGGAGAUUACUAAGAAAGCCACUCGACGUGAGAUUACGAAGUGGGGCCCUGGUAUCCGAGGGACGUGUGGAAAUUCAGCAUAGCAGAUACUGGGGCACCAUUUGUGAUGAUCACUGGACCAUAAGGGAAGCUAAUGUGGUCUGCAGGUCCAUGGGUUACGGAACAGCGACAAUGGCAUCAAGGAAUGCGUAUUACGGAAGAGGAAUUGGAAAGAUCAUGCUUGAUGAUGUAUACUGUGUGGGAAACGAGAAGAGUAUCAAACAGUGUAAGAAAAGCAGAUGGCAGAAGUCCAACUGUGAUCAUCAUGAAGACGCUGGUGUCAGAUGUAAUGUGCCUUCCCUUCAAGGCCAUGAGGUUCGUAUCAGAGGUGGUGCAAACCAUCUUGAGGGUCGGGUUGAAGUUUUCCAUGACGGAAAAUGGGGAACCGUUUGUGCUGAUGGAUGGGGAAUAGAAGAGGCCAUGAUAGUUUGCCGACAGUUAAAUCUUGGAUUUGCCAGUGAUGCAAUCACGAAUCAAACCUUCAGUCAAACAGAUCUCGAAGUUAUCAUGUCUGGUGUCCAAUGCCAUGUGAAUGAUAUCUCUAUUUACAAUUGUGAGCAUGACGAGUGGACAAACACCACCUGCAGUGACAAAAAGAAGUCAGCUGGAGUUGCCUGCGUCAGUGCUCUACCUGAUCUUGUCGUUAACACCGAUAUUCUCAGAAGGAACAUGGAAUUGAAUGUUUUUCCCUUAUCGAUGCUGAGAUGUGCCAUGGAAGAAAACUGUCUCAGUCCAUCUGCAGCAUAUUAUUUAAGAUAUUCCGACACUUAUCAAAGGCGACUCUUACGAUUCAGCGUUCAAGUUGAAAACAGAGGGCUAGAUCACUUCAGACCAAAAGCUGACAAGUCAACUUGGCAGUGGCACAAAUGCCACCAACACUAUCAUUCCAUGGAAACAUUCUCAUCCUAUGAUCUCCUUCGUCAAACAAGCGGCAAAAAAGUCUCCGAGGGGCACAAGGCCAGUUUCUGCUUGGAAGACACCAAAUGCGAUUCUGGGUUUGACAAAGUUUGGAAUUGUACUGACAUGGGAGACCAGGGUAUAUCUCCAGGAUGUUAUGACAUUUAUUACUAUAACAUAGACUGCCAGUGGGUGGAUUGUACCGACUUCGUACACGGCGCGUUUUAUCUCCGCGUUCAUAUCAAUCCAGGCAACCAAGUGGCUGAAUCGGAUUUCAAGAAUAAUGUGGCCAAGUGUUCAGUGUAUGAUUAUGGAACCUAUGUUUUAGCACAUAGAUGUUGGCUAGAGGACUGUGAGAGCGGACUCGAUACACAUGGCGGAAAUUCCGGGGGGAACUGCUGCGUGCUCCCGUUCCUCUAUAAAGGCAAACUCUAUCAUGACUGUACUACGGAUGGUUACAUUAAAAAGUGGUGCUCCACCACUUAUGAUUUUAGAAAAGAUAAAAAGUGGGGAAUAUGUUACGAUUUGUCUUUCCUUCUGGCACCGGGCCUGUCCAUAAAUACACUACUAGCCUGUACUCUUAUGCAACGAACGGUACUGAAUGAAGAUCCAGUCAACAUGUGGUGUGUUCUGUUUGUUGUGUUCGUCUCGUACCUGAGGUUUGCUGGUGGCUCGGAGGUGAGACUCAUUGAUGGAAAGCACGAGUUUGAAGGUCGGGUUGAGGUGAAAUACGACGACGAAUGGAGAGCAGUUUGUGACCAUGGAUGGAACAUGAAGGCGGCCAAUGUUGUUUGCAGAAUGCUUGGAUAUCCGGAUGCAUUGCGCUAUACAAAAGGACAUCUAGCCUUUGGUCGCGGAAAUGGAGAAUUUUGGUUAGAUGACGUCAGAUGCGGAGGAAGAGAAUAUGACAUCGAGAGAUGCUCACACAGAGACUGGGGACGACACAAUUGUCGUUCAACCAAUCAGGCUGGUGUUGUAUGUAAGUUACAUCGAAGUGACAUAAUCUUGAAGCCUGAGCCAUCAUCGGCCAGGGGAGAGGUGACACACGUGAACCUAAAGUUACAAGGUCCAGUUGUUGAUGACUACAUAUCAGAAGGUGUUGUCCAGGUGGAGCAUGAGGGAAAGUGGGGUUAUAUUUGUCCUUCUCAAUGGACUCAACAUAACUCGUUCGUGUUGUGCGGUCAACUGGGAUUUCCUAAUGCUGAGAAACUUGAGUCCUACACUGAAACUAUUGACAGUUUGGACCCUUUUUAUUGGCUGGGCCAAGUCACGUGCAUAGGAUGGGAGUCAUCCAUUGUGUCAUGUGAUCAUGCAGGUUGGGUUCGCCACAACUGCGAGAUUGGAGGAGCCCUGAAGAUCAAAUGCGCGCGCAAAAAUAUCACGCAGCCUCAAGAGGUUCGACUUCGAGGUGGUGCCUUCGUUUCAGAGGGGCGAGUGGAAAUGAAGUACCGAAGUGAAUGGAGAACCAUAUGUGACGACCACUGGACACUGAAGGAAGCUAAUGUAAUCUGCAGGUCUUUAGGCUAUGGGUCAGCGGCGAUAGCAGCCCACAAUGCGUAUUUUGGAAGAGGUAUUGGAAAGGAGAUGCUGCAUAAUUUACGCUGUCAAGGCGAUGAGAGAGACAUCGGCCAAUGUGAACAUCACGGAUGGCGCAGAACAGAAUGUAAUCAUUAUGAAGAUGCUAGCGUCAAAUGUCAUUCUCCACAACUUCAAGGUCAUGAGAUUAGGCUCGCAGGCGGUGCAAAUUCUUUCGAAGGUCGAGUGGAGGUUUUUCAUGGCGGACGAUGGGGAACUGUUUGUGCAGAUAACUGGCGAAUAGAAGAAGCAAUGGUGGUGUGCCGACAGUUGAAUCUUGGAUACGCUAGUCAAGCAGCCACGCAUAACUAUUUUGGCGCCACAAAUCUCAAAGUCAUCAUGUCUGGAGUAAUAUGUCGAGUGGACGAGAUCUCCAUUUACAACUGUCAUCAUCAUCAGUGGAACGAUACAACUUGCAGCAACAAAAACAAAUUAGCAGGAGUCAUUUGCGUAGAUGAGUUACCCGAUCUCGUCAUCGAUACUGAAGCUCUGAAAAGCGAGAUGCGUACGCAGUCCCUCCACGUUGACCAUCUGCAAUGUGCUUAUGAGGAAAACUGUUUAGCAAAAAGUGCAGAUGUUCUCUUUAGGUCAAGUGGUAACCGGUGGGCUAGGCAAAACCGGAUACGAAAACUGUUACGGUUUACAACAAAGAUUGAAAACAGAGGUUGGGAUCAUUUCCGGCCGAACUCGCCCAGAUCAGCCUGGCAAUACCACCAGUGUCAUGGACACCAUCACUCUAUGGAGACAUUUGCUACCUAUGCUCUGCUACGUCAGGGUAAUUGGAGGAGAGCCGCUGACGGGCAUAAGGCCAGUUUUUGUUUAGAAGACACAGAAUGUGAUCCGGGCUUCGAGAAGAAAUGGAACUGCACCAGGGGGGGUGACCAAGGCUUGUCUCCGGGAUGUUUUGAUAUUUAUAGUCAUAAGAUUGACUGUCAGUGGAUCGACUACACCGGCAUUUAUAGCGGUGCUUUUUUUCUUCGUAUCCAACUCAAUCCUGGAAACCAGGUGGCUGAGUCAGACUUCAAGAACAAUGUUGCAAAGUGCUCGGUUUAUGAUUAUGGGAGCUUUUUUAUCGCUCACAAGUGCUGGAUAGAAACUUGCGAAAGUGGCGUUGACACGUAUGCUGGGAAUUCACGGGGAAAAUGCUGCGCGUUUCCUUUCCGUUACAAAGGUAAACUGUACCAUUCUUGCACAACUGAUGGGCACAAAUUAAAAAAGAAAUGGUGCUCAACAACCGAUGAUUACAGCAGGGACAAGAAAUGGGGACUCUGCUUCAACUAGUAAACUGGAGAAGCAAAUGUGACCGAAAGAUUCAGCCAUGUCUUCGACAUCUUGGAAAAGAAAGAACUGACUUAACAUUCACACAAACUUAAGAGCAGCAUAAAUAUAAUUCUUUUUACCAAGCUACAACAUUUAUCCUCUUGAAGUUCUAUAUAGUAAAGCCUAUAUCUGGAAUAACGAUGUUGUAAACUUAAAAUUUCCUCGUCGCUUUAAAGCCAUUUGUUCGUAUUUUGUGAAUACUGAGUUAGCAUUUCCCGAGUGUUUAUCGAUGCUGCUCAUCUUAAUCCCCAUCUCAGAAAUCAGUCAUGGUUCAGUUGUUUUUCUAUGCUCCAUUUUCAGUGAUACGUAUAAUCAUCUCAGCAGUGGGGCGAAUUGGAAUUAAACUUUUAAGUUACUAAAAUGUAGCUUUCAGAAACUAUGUAUAGAAUAGAACGUACUAGUAUAACUUCCAUUUUCUUCUUGUGAAGUGUAACAGCCCUUACUUGUACGUAUGUAUGGAUGUGUCCUACAUGAGAGUCUCGGUUAAAUCAUUCUAUUAGUUAGUCUGUCCUCUUUUUAGGUUGACGAGCUGAAAUAGAAAGAUCCAAUUAGAAGUGUUCUUUUUUUCAUA